GGUGAAACUUACACUACAAAGCUACGGCUUUCCAAUCUAGAUGGAUGAGCUGAAAACUAAUCUCCCAAACUCUGCUGAAACAGAAGCCCAAAGUGAGGCCCAGACUCUUAGUGAAAGGGUGGAAUUGACAGGAGAGGGCUUAAGUCGGAGGAUAGGUGGGAUGUGUGGGGGCAUGGUGAACUGAAGACGCCAUAAGUUUUAUGAUACAUUUCAGAAAAAAGUUUCAUGGGCCGAGCUCAUUUACCGUAGAACGAGAGAUUCUGUUUUUUUUUGGGAGCAGAACGAGAGAUUUGUUUGACAUGGCUUUUAUUGUCUGCUCCCACCAUUUUCGUUCGCUUUCAAGCUGAAGGAGUUAAGAAAUUGCAGAAAUGGGAAGAGCCCCAUGAGACCUUCAGUUGAAACAAGUAGAUGAUCCGCAAUAAUCUGAAUUUCGAAUUUUUCAAAAAUGGUGAGAGCCUCUGCUCUAAAACCCAGCAGCAAAUUUUUCCUGAGAAAACACAGGAAGUGGCCAGUCUCACCCCACAACACCAAAUGGCACCAAACCUUCAAUCAAAACCAGGCCUUUCAAAGCCUCAAAAAAUCAUCACCGCCUCAAAACCAACCCCAACAUCUUCUCUCCACACUCAUUUACUCCUUCAACAGCUACAACUGUGAACCAAACCCUGAAGCGUACAACUUUGUCAUCAAAACCCUGACCAAAACCUCCCAAUUCAAAGACAUCGCUUCAGUUCUUGACCGCCUUGAAUUCGUCGAGAAAUUCAACACACCCGAAUACAUUUUCGCCCAUCUCAUUAGUUUUUAUGGCCAAGCUAAGAGAACCCAGGACGCCAUUGAUCUUUUUUGCAGGAUUCCAAAGUUCAGGUGCGUCCCUUCUGCUCACUCGCUCAACUCCUUGCUGUAUGUGCUUUGUGGGUCUAGGGAAGGUCUUAAAAUGGUGCCUGAGAUUUUGCUGAGGAGCCAUAUUAUGAGCAUCCGGCUCGAAGAAUCGAGUUUUCAGAUUUUAGUCAAUUCUCUGUGUGGAAUUGGGAAGGUUGGAUAUGCUAUUGAGAUAAUGAAUUGUAUGAUCAGUUAUGGGUAUGGUUUGAAUGUAAAGAUGUGCUCUUUGAUAUUGUCAUCACUUUGUGAACAAAAGGAUUCAUCUGGUUUUGAGGUGCUGGGUUUUGUAGAAGAAAUGAAGAAACUUGGGUUUUGUCCUGGUAUGAUGGACUAUUCAAAUGUGAUUAGGUAUAUGGUGAAACAGGGGAGGGGUUUGGAUGCUUUGAAUGUUUUGGUUAAGAUGAAAGUGGAGGGAAUUAAGCCUGACAUUGUUUGCUAUACCAUGGUCUUACAUGGUGUCAUUGCAGAAGGGGAUUACAAGAACGCCGAUGAGCUGUUUGAUGAAUUGCUUCUGUUGGGUUUGGUUCCUGAUGUUUAUACUUACAAUGUGUAUGUAAAUGGAUUGUGUAAGCAAAAUAAGGUGAAAGAUGGAUUAAAGAUGAUUUCUUCCAUGGAAGAGUUGGGGUGCAAGCCUAAUUUGAUUACUUAUAACAUUUUAUUGAAGGGUUUAUGCAAUACUGGUGAGCUUAGUAGGGCCAGAGAGCUUGUGAGUGAGAUGACAUUAAAGGGUAUUGGGGUUAACUUGCAGACACAUAGGAUAAUGCUGGAUGGUCUGUUUGGCCAAGGAGAUAUUGAUGAAGCUUGCAUCUUUAUGGACGAAAUGUUAGAUAAGUUUCUCUGUCGUUUUUGUUCCAGCUUUGAUGAGGUAAUUUAUGGGUUGUGCCGAAAGGGUUUGGUUUGUAAAGCAAUGGACUUACUGAAGAAAAUGGUGGAUAAGAAUGUUGCGCCCGGAGCAAAGGCUUGGGAAGCACUACUUCUUAGCUCAGGAUCUGAACCCGGUUUUGCUGAGACUACCUGGACUGAUUUGGUGAACCCAAGUUAAGCUGCUGAAGCAUUGACUUGCAUGUAGCAUUUGUUACAUUGUGAUGUACAGAAUCAACAGCUACAGUUGAUUGACUUUACCUACCACAAUGCAAAGCUGAAGCAGAAAUUGCUGCAUCCAUGUGCAUCAGAUUCGUUUUCGUCUAGUCUUUUGUUGAAGAGAGGCAAUUUAUUUUGACUCAGCAUACUGUACUUGUGCCGGCCAUUUGUCCGUUUGUUCGUCCUAUUAUGUUUGGCAGAAAAUUGUAUGUACCAACCUAGUAUCUUCUGUCUUACUUGCUAUGCUGAUGCUCGUGAUCCCUUCUUGUUGGCAUUUUCUUUACCAGAACCACUGCUUCAAAUUCGAUAGCUUCGCUUGAACAUAUUAGUUGAUGAAAAUUUCACCAAAAAACAACAAUCUCAUUGUCUGUUGCGUUCGAUACAGUUGAAAGGAGCAUGUGGUCUUAAGCUCUUCAGAAUUAGCUAUACUGUAAAUUGUGUUCCAAUUUGUAUUUUUUGAUCCAGAGCUUGAACUGCUGGACAGCAUGCUCUGUGUUACGUUUCUAAGACAGACCAACUAUAAAAAACAUAAACUAAGAACACGCAGUUAUAUGAGUAUUGAUUUAUCAUAAAGUGGUACUUCUUGUUCUUAAAGCCCAAGUGAUUUUUAGUAGUGUUUAUUAUGUGCCUGUAAUAAGUUAUAGAUAAGGAGUUCCCCGCCAUUGUUGACAAUUGCUCAUAUGGAAGCAAACCACCUAUUUGCUUUCAACUCAAUGUGAGGUUUGAAGUCAAGAUAUUGAAAACUGUUGAGAGAAAAAGAAAUAAAGUGCGCUAUUGAUUUGCACACUUCUCUCUAUCCUAAUCUUGUGUGGGCAAAAUAGCACUAUUUACCGAAAAAGUUAAAACCAACAAAUAAUACAAAGAAACGAAUUUGCUGGCUUUACACUUUUCCUGUGAAAUCAUUGAGGCAUCCAAAGAUCGCUGUUUGUAUCCUUUUCAAAACAUUAAAGUUUUGUCCGUGUGAAAAGGGCUGCUCCUUUGCAAGGGAUAGCAAAAUUUUCUACAUUCACUAUCAUAAACUAAUAAAUCUGAAGUUAAUCAGCUAUUAAGCUCGCUGAAAAGCUCAUUAAGAAAGAGUUACCAAUAAUCCAUGACAUAAAAAAUUACAAAAGUAUCUUCCAUAAAUUAAGUUGCUUUUGCAAGUUAAAAGUUUACAUCUACCCUGUCCGAACAGUAGGCUCUUGAUUAUGGUGGAAGAUUAAAGAGAAGUUAAUUACGCAAUUGGAUAAUUAAUCGGAUAAGAAACAGAUUAAGGAGCUGUGGAUGUACAUGAGUUGCUUAUCGUUGUCCUUCAGACGUGGAUGAGAAGGAAGUGUCAGCAAGGAGGGAAAAGAGAGAUUUUUUAUGUCUCCUUGGUGGUGGUCGUACCAAGUUGCCAAUUCAAUGUAAAUGACCUUAGCAUUCACCCAUAACUCUUCUCACAAAACCAUGCAGCAUCUGCAGAAGCAUCUCUUUGUUUUCUGACAACAAGAACAAUAUGAAGGUUCCCAGAUUUUUAUUUCUAUUUUUUAAGAAAAGAAGAAAAAUAUUACAGAAAACAAGUAGAGGAAAAGGUAAAGUUAGAUUAGUGAGAACUGAGAAGGGUUAAAAGUAUUAGUAGUCACACAGUUAAUGUUGGUGAACUAUCAUUGUUAUAUAAAUGAUGUUCAUAGCAAUUAUAGUGAGACCUUGGAAGGGUUGCUUUCUUUUCAAAAGCAUUAUGUAUUUCCACAAUAGGAAAGCUAAGUUCCUCAUACUGGGGGGACAGAUGAAAACUUAAAAAGCAGUUCCCCCUUUCGUCUAUGCAACUUUGAACGACUUACAGAAAAAGGAGAUAAAAAAAAAAGAGAGAUCAUGCUUAUAGAAUAAAGAGUACACAAUACAAUGAGAUUAAUUACUGCAUCAUGGUUGAAAUUUAAUAUUCUUUAGUGUUAGAACUUAAAUAUAUAACAAGUUGCUAAUCCUUCAAAAAAAGAAAGAAAGAUGCUGAUCUUAUGAUCAUAAGAUAAUGGUUAUCUGCCAUGAAUUUUGUUGAAAAACUAUUGUGGCUCUAUUUCAAAAGCUACAAAUUCUGCAAAAACAUAUUAACUUUGCUUGAUCUUUCUCCUUAACAAUUAAUCAUCUUAGGGCCCGUUUGAUAACCAUUUCAAUUUUAGUUUUUAGGGAGAAUGGAAGUGAGAAUGAGAGCGAAGAUUAAAUUGAGAGGAAGUUGAGGGGGAAGGAUAGGAGGAAUGAGUAACAAAAGUGGAAACAAAAACUAAAAACUGAAAUCUAUUUGAAAUUGUUUUCACUUUCAAGUUUUUGCUUCUCUUUUAUUACUCUUCCUUCCCAUUCUUCCCUCUCAUCCACACUCCCAUUCUCACUCUCAUUUUCCUCUAUACUCUAGCACAAAAAAUAAAAACUAAAAACUAAAAUUGACGAACCCAUAAUAUUUUAAUUUCUCUAUCCCCAUGUGUUGAAUGAAAUCCCAUUUUAUUAAAAUAGGAAAAUAUCAAGGCUGCAGCUAUAUUUAUCUACUCAAACUAAUGCUCAGAAAACAAUUAUGAAUCAUGACCUACCUGAGCUGGAGCAAACUCCCAGCAUUUUGAUCUGAACAAAAUUCAAUUUAUCUGCAUGGUUCUGAUCUAUAAGCAAUCUUCUUGGUAUAUUUUUCCAGAGGUAACAAAUAAGGUGUAGUGGUCAUGAUGGGGAAGAGGGGCACAUGAAUAACUAACUCAUCACUGGAUAUGAGAUAUAGAAAGAAAAGCUUUCAGAGACUUGAUUGAUAGGCAGGUGAACUAUUGAGAGUAAUAAUAUAUCUCUGUAUAUGCGCAUGAGUUAGAAAUGCACGUGCCCUGCUUCUCCAUCUUGCUCAACACAAACCUUCAGUUUUCAUAUAUGCCAUAGCUAAGACUGUAGGAGCUAGAGCUCUACUCUCCUCACAAGAAGCUUAAACUAGAGAGAGAGAGAGAGAGAGAGAGAGAGAGAGAGAGAGAGAGAGAGAGAGAG